AUGGAACGAAAAAUUAUGUUACUUUUAUUUAUUAAAAUUUAUGCGUUAAUAAUACUUUUAUCCUGGGCAUUUCAUUUUAAGAAUGAUGUAAGUAUAUUUAUAAAAUUUCAGUAUGAAAACUACAACCUUGGUAAAAAAUUGGAAGAUAGGAGAUAUAGGACACUAGCAAAAUAUAAACAGGAUAUGUAUGUACAUAAUACAUAUUUAAAAGAAGAUAUAAAAAAUUAUGUAUCAAACGAAAAAAAAGAUGUAACUGAUAUUGAAAAAAAGGUAACAACAAAAAAAGAAAAGUUAAAUACAGUGUCAUCAACGACUGAAAGAGGCCAUAAACAAUAUAUAAAAAAUAAAUCGUGUAUGUUUGAAACAAGAAAAUAUUCUCAUAUGGAAAAAAAAAUAUUCAAAGAACUUGAUUACAUAGAUUUUCUUAACAACAACAAAACAAUUAGUAAUAAAAUUUUCAGAAAAUUGGUUUUAAAAAAAUACAGAGUACGAUUCGUUUUACCUUUAUUCUUUGUCUUAUGUUUAUUAGCCUCAAUAAUAUUAGAUUUUUCUUAUGGCGUAGGACUUAUUCGGGGUUUUAUUGAAUUAUUGAAACACCCUUUUGUUGGUUGGUUGAGUCCAUUGCAUAAAGCUUUAAAGGAAUCCCCAUUAAGUUUUCUGUUCGAAUCCCUUAAAGGAUUGGAUAGGACCAAAAAGAAAUUAGAAGAUAGUGGUGUCCAUAAAUAUUAUGUAACAAGUUUUUUGUUUUAUAUGAUAUAUUUAAUACCUUUCUUAAUAUUAACUUUCACCCUAAUAUUUAUGGUUGUUUAUUACCAUAAAAAAGUUAAAAAAUAUCAAAAAAUUAAGUUUAGAAAAAGGUAA